CUCUUUUGAAAUUGAUUAUUUCUCCUUUAAUCUCUUCAUCAGUUUCUUCUCAAAAGAAAAGAGAGAGAGAGAGAGGGAUGGGAGAUGAAGACGUUGAUGAUCAUGGCAAGCACUGUAGAAACAUGUCUGCAUGUUCCUCAUCGUAUUCUACUAAACUCUUUCUCUUCAUGGUUCCUCUUGUCAUUCUUGUUUCCUGUUUCGUCUUUGUAAAUCUUGGUCCUAAAGAUCCAACAUCUUUGUUAACGUCUUUGUCGUCGUCCACUUCUCAUCAUCUCCCUUCACCCCCGACGACGGCGCCGGCGCCGUCUCCUUUGCCACCAGAUAUUAUACUCCCGUCGUUACCAGCUUCAUCUUUAUCGACUAAAGUGGAAUCUGUUCAGGGUAAUUAUAAUCGGACCGUUCGAUUGAAUCCGAUCAACAAUAUUACUGUAGCGAGUAAUGAUAACGUCACGACUACGGCAUCAUCGGAACCAAAGAAGAGAAGAGUUCUCAGCAAUUUAGAGAAGAUCGAAUUGGAGCUACAAAAAGCUCGAGCCUCUAUUAAAGCCGCUUCGAUGGACGAUCCCGUGGACGACCCGGACUAUGUUCCUCUUGGUCCUAUGUAUUGGAACGCUAAGGUCUUUCAUCGGAGUUACUUAGAGAUGGAGAAACAGUUCAAGAUAUAUGUGUACAAAGAAGGCGAGCCACCACUGUUCCAUGACGGUCCAUGUAAAAGCAUCUACUCCAUGGAAGGAAGUUUCAUCUACGAGAUGGAAACCGAUACUCGUUUCCGGACCAAUAAUCCCGACAAGGCCCAUGCUUUUUACUUACCCUUUAGUGUCGUCAAGAUGGUAAGAUAUGUGUAUGAACGCAACUCUCGUGAUUUUGGCCCCAUCCGAAAUACAGUUAGGGAUUACAUCAAUCUCGUGGGUGAUAAAUACCCUUAUUGGAACCGUAGCAUUGGAGCCGAUCACUUCAUACUUUCUUGCCAUGACUGGGGUCCUGAGGCAAGUUUCUCUCAUCCACAUCUAGGACAUAAUUCUAUUCGAGCUUUAUGCAAUGCCAACACGUCAGAGAGAUUCAAACCACGAAAAGAUGUGUCAAUACCCGAGAUUAAUCUACGGACAGGAUCCUUAAAAGGAUUAGUCGGUGGUCCGUCACCUUCCAGCCGUCCAAUACUAGCCUUCUUUGCAGGGGGUGUACACGGACCAGUAAGGCCAGUCUUGCUCGAUCAUUGGGAGGACAAAGAUAAUGACAUUAGAGUCCACAAGUAUCUCCCUAGAGGAACGUCUUAUUCGGACAUGAUGCGGAACAGCAAGUUCUGUAUUUGUCCCAGCGGUUAUGAGGUUGCGAGCCCGAGGAUCGUGGAGGCACUUUACUCGGGCUGCGUCCCCGUUCUGAUAAACUCAGGCUACGUUCCUCCGUUCAGCGAUGUAUUGAAUUGGAAAUCGUUUUCGGUGAUCGUUUCGGUGGAAGACAUACCUAAUUUGAAGACGAUAUUGACGUCGAUAUCGCCUAGACAGUACCUAAGGAUGUACAGGAGAGUGUUGAAGGUAAGGCGACACUUUGAAGUGAAUUCUCCGGCGAAGAGGUUUGAUGUGUUUCAUAUGAUUCUUCAUUCGAUUUGGGUAAGGAGAUUGAAUGUGAGGAUCCGUGAGGUCUAAGUUUGGGGUUUUUGGGUUUUGUCGGGUUUUUUUUUUUCGAGUGGUUGUUAUAUCGAAAUAACUGAAAACUACGAAGGGAUUUUUCUUGUAAAUUAUUAUAUUUGUUUUUUUCACGUGUCAAAUAAUAUUCGAGUGUUUAUGUCAAAUAAUA